CGCUCAGGUUUGUUUCAAUGAAAUGAUCGAGCGAGGGAUUGAGCCUAACGUUGUCACGUACAACGUCUUGUUGAACGGGGUUUGCAGGAAGGUGAGUUUGCACCCCGAGGAGAGGUUUGAGAGAACCAUAAGGAACGCAGAGAAGGUAUUUGAUGAAAUGCGUGAGAGUGGAAUUGAGCCUGAUGUGACUAGUUUUUCGAUUGUUCUUCAUGUGUAUAGCCGCGCGCAUAAGCCGCAAUUGGCGCUUGAUAAAAUGAGAUUGAUGAAGGAGAAAGAGAUAUGUCCCAAUGUGGUGACAUACACGUCCGUCAUCAAGUGUCUUGCUUCGUGCGGGAGGAUUGAGGAUGCUGAGGCGUUGCUUGAGGAGAUGGUGAGGGAUGGGGUGAAGCCGUGUGCUGCCACGUAUAAUUGCUUCUUUCAGGAGUAUAGAGGGAGGAAGGAUGGGGAGAGUGCGUUGAAGAUGUUUAAGAGGAUGAAGGAGGAUGGACUGUGCAAGCCGAGCUCCCAUACUUAUGUGGUUUUGAUUAGGAUGUUUUUGAGGUUGGAUAUGAUUAAGGUUGUCAAGGAAAUGUGGGAUGAUAUGAAGGAGAGUGGGGUGGGCCCGGAUUUGGCUUUGUACACGGUUUUGAUACAUGGGUUGUGUGAGAGGCGAAAUUGGAGGGAGGCUUGUCAUUACUUUGUUCAGAUGAUAGAGAA